AUGGAGCCGGCAGAAUUAACAAGUGCCGAAUGCGCCCCGAUCAACAGAGUGACCAUAAAAAUACCUCCUUUUUGGGCUGAUGAACCCGAGUUAUGGUUUGCCCAACUCGAAGGACAAUUCACACUUGGUAGGAUUACAAGUGAUGAGACUAAAUACGCAUACGUACUGGCACAAGUCGACACGAAACAAGCCAAAGAAAUAAAAGAUCUCAUCACUCAACCGCCAGAGAAGAACAAAUACGAGAGCAUUAAAAGGGCAUUAAUACAACGAUUGUCGAUAUCUCAGGAGCAACAGAUCCGACAGCUCUUAGAACACGAAGAGAUGGGAGAUAGAAGACCAUCACAGUUUUUAAGACACUUACAAUCGUUAGCAAGUUCGGCUAUUUCAGAGCAAUUAUUACGCACAUUAUGGAUGGGCAGACUACCAUCCCAACUACAAGCCAUUCUCGCUACUCGUACAGCGGACAAUUUAGAGGUAGUGGCUGAACAAGCCGAUAGAAUAUACGAGAUAACCUGCAGAACGGCAGUGGUAGCAAGCACUCAGGCGACCACGACCGAGCAAACAAUGGAGCAACAAAUAAAAAUUCUGGCGCAACAAGUAGCCAACCUCAACAGUCGAUUGACACAGUCACUACAGAAAGAUAGAAGAAGAAACCGUUCUAGAACUCGUUCCGUUAACCACAAGGAAGAGAAGAAUUCUGACGGAAUAUGCUUUUACCAUAAGAGAUUCAAGGACAAGGCAAAGAAAUGUGUAAAGCCAUGCUCGUUCAAAAAAGAGGAAAACUAG